CAAUGGUGAGGUGUUUCUGUGGUCAAAUGGCGAUAGUGCGAACGGCUUGGACUGAUAAGAACCCUGGUCGACGUUUUUGGGGAUGCCCUAAAGAGGAUUCGACAUGUGGGUUUGUGGGAUGGAUCGACCCUCAAAUGUGUGAACGAUCAAAAUCAAUAAUACCUGGGUUGCUGAGAUCAAUCAACAAGCUAAAGACUGAAGUUGGAAAAUUGAAGGAAGAAAAUCAAAUGUUCAAGUAUGAUAUUGGAAAAAUAAAGGAAGAAAAAUCAAAACUAAAGUUGUACCUGAUAUGUAGCUGGGUUUUUUUGGGUUUGUCUUAG